AUGUGUCAAAACGACGUUCAAGUCAAUGGCUGGACCAGCAUGCCUGCUAAUGCUGGCGCCAUCUUUGGUGAUAAACCCUUCAUCGACGUACCGGAAGCCCUGUCGAUCGAUGAGAUCAAAUUUCCAAUUGAGGACCCCAUUGUCGAGAAAACUUUGAGAUAUGCAAAGACCGCUCUUCCCAUUGAGACAUUCAACCACUCCAUGAGAGUUUACUACUACGGAAUGGCUAUCACCAAGCAGCAGUUCCCUAAGCAAGCCAGUGCGCUUAGCCCCAGUACCUGGGCCUUGACCUGUUUGCUGCACGACAUCGGUACGGCUGAGCACAACCUCACUGCAACUCGGAUGUCCUUUGAUAUCUACGGUGGUAUCAAGGCUCUGGAUGUCCUCGAUGGUUUUGGCGCUACCUCAGACCAGGCAGAAGCGGUUGCUGAGGCUAUCAUCCGACACCAGGAUAUCGGAGUUCAUGGGACAAUCACGUAUAUCGGCCAGCUCAUCCAGCUUGCCACAAUCUACGAUAACGUCGGGGCACACCCAUACGUCAAGGACUUUGGCAAGUUGAUUCAUGAUACAACUCGCGCCCAGGUGCAAGAGGCGCACCCGCCGCGGGAGUGGCGCACGUUCUUCUCCAGCGUCAUCCAGAAGGAGGAAGAAAUCAAGCCUUGGUGUCAUACAAAAAAGAUAAUCAAUGUUAUGAGGAAAUAG